GGUGGGAAGCGCGCGUGCGCACAGCGGGCCUCACCGCCGCCGGUUGCCAGGAGACCGAGGAUGAAGCGAGUGUUUACCAUCUCAGAAAAAAUUGUCCCAGGCAACCUUAUACAGUACCAAUGGCAGAAAACACUGGGCAAUUACAUAGCUAUCACUGGGUUUGACCAUACCGUGAAGAUCUUUGAUCGGCAUGGACAGAAGAAGAAUGAAAUUAACCUUCCAGGAAUGUGUGUUAAUAUAGACUGGGAUAAAGAUGGCGAUGUUUUAGCAGUGAUUGCAGACAAAUCAAACUCCAUCUACUUGUGGGAUGCCAACACACACAAACCUAGCCAAUUGGAUAGUGGUAUGAGGGAUCAGAUGUCGUUUCUUAUGUGGUCAAAAGCCGGAACACUGUUGGCUGUGGGAACAACUAAAGGAAACUUGCUCAUCUACAAUCCUCAGACUUCACGUAAAAUUCCAGUCCUUGGCAAGCACACAAAGCGAAUCACAUGUGGUUGCUGGAGUUCCCAGAACCUGCUUGCACUUGGUAGUGAAGACAAGAUGUUAACAGUCAGCAAUCAGGAAGGAGAUACCAUUAGACAGACUACAGUUAGAGCUGAGCCAAGUGACGUUCAGUUUUCAGUGAUGAAAACUGAUGAGCGGGCGUCAAUGGGAGAGAGCACGGUGAGCGUUGUUGUGGGGAAGAAAACACUGUUUUUAUUCAAUUUGAGUGAUCCUGAUAACCCCAUUGAGUUGGCAUUCCAGCAACGAUAUGGCAACAUCAUAUCUUACAGAUGGUACGGGGAUGGAUACAUCAUGAUUGGCUUCUCCCAAGGUUACUUUGUAGUAAUUUCCACACAUAUCCGUGAAAUAGGUCAGGAGCUGUUUCAAGCUCACAACCAUAAAGACAGUCUGACCAGUAUUGCCAUCUCACAGUCGUUGAACAAAGCUGCUUCCUGUGGAGACAACUGCAUAAAAAUUCAUGAUUUGUCAGAGCUGAAAGAAAUGUAUGCCAUCAUAAACCUGGAUGAUGAAACAAAAGGACUGGAUCGAUUGUCUUGGACAGAUGAUGGGCAAUUGCUUGCUGUAUCCACACAGCGUGGAACACUUCAGGUUUUCCUUACAAAACUUCCAGUCCUUGGAGACACAUGUGGAACACGCAUAGCAUUCUUAACUUCUCUUCUGGAGGUCACAGUGUGCAAUCACAUCGAAGGAGAACCGCCAAUCACAGUUUCCGUUGAACUGGAACCAAACUUUAUUGCUGUGGGUCCGUAUCAUGUAGCGGUUGGAAUGAAUAAUCGAGCCUGGUUCUACUCUCUUGGAGAAAAUGGAGUGGAAAAGCUAAAAGAUACCGAAUACUUGGGGACAGUGACAAACAUGUGUCUGAAUUCUGACUAUGCAGCAGCACUCUUUGAGAACAGAGUUCAGCUUCAUAUGAUCGAACUUGAAGGUAUGGAAGCCCAGGAGGAAAGAGAGACUCGUCUCUUUCCAGGACGUGAUGACCAGUGCAAAGUCACAUGCCAUGCAUUGACUGCUGACUUCUUGAUCUAUGGAACCGAUACUGGCAUCAUUCAGUACUUCUACAUUGAGGACUGGCAAUACGUGAAUGAAUAUCGGCACACAGUCAGUAUCCGUAAAGUUUUUCCAGAUCCCAAUGGGACCAAAUUAGUGUUUGUUGAUGAUAAGAGUGAUGGGUUUGUCUACUGCCCUGUAAAUGAUAGCAUAUAUGAAAUCCCCAACUUUUCUACAACUAUCAGAGACAUUCUCUGGGAGCACAUUGCAGUGGAUAAGGGUGUCUUUAUUGCUUAUGAUGAUGAUAAAGUGUACACUUACAUGUUUCACAAGGACACAAUUCAAGGCUCCAAAGUGAUAAUGGCAGGUGGUACCAAACUUCCUUUUUCUCACAAGCCUUUGCUUUUGUAUAAUGGAGAAUUGACAUGUCAGACACAGAGCGGGAAAACCAACAAUAUCUUGUUAAAUACACACUCAUUCUUGAAUGGUGUUAAGGACAUUGGGCAAAUUGAAUUGCAAAAAAUGCUUACCCAGAGUUUAAUGCUGAAAAGGUUCACUGAAUCAUGGGAAAUAUGCAAACUACUUAAGGAUCCCUCCACAUGGAAUGAACUGGCUCGUGCCUGUCUGCACCACAUGGAGGUGGAGUUUGCAAUCCGUGUGUACCGUAUGAUUGGAAAUGUAGGAAUGGUGAUAUCACUGGAGCAGAUCAAGGGAAUAGAAGAUCACAACCUUCUAGCUGGGCAUCUUGCAAUGUUUACAAAUGAUUUCAACUUGGCACAGGAUCUUUAUCUGGCAUCCAGUUGCCCAAUUGCGGCCCUGGAGAUGCGGAGAGAUCUCCAGCACUGGGACAGUGCUCUGCAACUAGCUAAGCGUCUGGCUCCUGACCAAAUCCCUUUCAUCUCCAAAGAGUAUGCAAUUCAGCUGGAGUUCACGGGUGACUACAUGAAUGCAUUGGCACAUUAUGAGAAGGGAAUGACUGGAGAUAAUAAGUACCUUGAUCAUGAUGAAGCUUGUUUCGCUGGAGUUGCACGAAUGUCAAUACGAAUAGGUGAUAUCCGACGUGGCGUCAACCAGGCAAUUAAACACCCCAGCAGAGUACUAAAGAAAGACUGUGGUGCCAUUCUAGAGACCAUGAAGCAAUUCUCUGAGGCUGCCCAGCUAUACGAGAAGGGACAGUACUGUGACAAAGCAGCAUCUGUUUACAUUCGUUGUAAAAACUGGGCAAAGGUUGGAGAACUUCUCCCUCAUGUAACAUCACCCAAGAUUCACUUGCAAUAUGCAAAGGCCAAGGAAGCUGAUAACAGAUAUAAGGAAGCUGCGAUUGCUUAUGAAAAUGCAAAGGACUGGGACAAUGUGAUUCGAAUUCAGUUGGAUCAUCUGAAUAAUCCAGAGGAGGCUGUUCGUAUCAUCCGGGAAACACAGUCAAUUGAUGGAGCCAAAAUGGUGGCUAGAUUUUUCUUGCGUCUUGGUGACUAUGGCUCUGCCAUUCAGUUUUUGGUCAUGUCAAAGUGUAACGAUGAGGCCUUUCAGCUGGCACAGCAACAUAAUCAAAUGGAGGUUUACGCUGACAUCAUUGGUUCUGGUGCCACCAAUGAAGACUAUCAAAGCAUUGCAUUAUACUUUGAAGGAGAGAGAAAGCAUUUCAUGGCUGGAAAAUUCUUCAUGCUUUGUGGCCAGUAUCCGCGAGCUUUGAAGCACUUCUUGAAAUGUCCAGUCACAGAAGAUGGUCAAGCCAUUGAGAUGGCAAUUGAAGGGGUUGGGCAGGCCAAAGAUGAAACUCUAACCAAUCAGCUGAUAGAUUAUCUCAUGGGUGAAAGUGAUGGAAUGCCCAAGGAUGCAAAGUAUCUUUUCCGGCUAUACAUGGCAUUGAAGCAGUAUAGAGAGGCUGCCAGGACAGCCAUUAUUAUCGCCAGAGAAGAGCAGUCUGCAGGAAACUACCGGAAUGCUCACGACGUGUUGUUCAGUAUGUAUACAGAGCUCAGAGCACAGAAAAUCAAAAUCCCCUCAGAAAUGGCGACAAAUCUUAUGAUUCUGCAUAGCUACAUACUGGUGAAGACUCAUGUGAAACGUGGAGAUCACAUGAAAGGGGCAAGAAUGCUCAUCCGAGUUGCAAACAACAUCAGCAAAUUCCCAUCACACAUUGUGCCUAUUCUGACGUCAACAGUGAUUGAAUGUCAUCGAGCCGGACUAAAGAACUCCGCCUUCAGUUUUGCUGCUAUGCUGAUGAGACCAGAGUAUAGAAACAAAAUUGAUCUCAAGUAUAAGAAGAAAAUAGAAGCAAUGGUUAGGCGUCCUGACACAUCAGAGGUAGAAGAGUCGACCUCGCCAUGUCCAUAUUGUGCUUUUCACCUGCCAGAGUGUGAACUACUUUGUCCAGGCUGUAAGAACAACCUACCUUACUGUAUUGUAACGGGGCGUCACAUGGUGAAAGAGGACUGGACCAUUUGCCCACACUGUGAUUUUCCAGGCUUGUAUUCCGAGUUCAAAAUUCUGCUCGAGACUGAGAAAUCCUGUCCCAUGUGCUCAGAAAAACUCAGUGCUGAGCAGCUGAAGAAAAACGCUGAGUUGGCUCCAUUGUUGCUGCCAGAUGAGAUUGAAUAGCGAGAGCAGGAAGAAGCCAAGGCAAAACAUGAAAGAUCCAGAAUUGGGAGGCUGCUGAGAGUUUUUAUAAAGUGUUUCAGCAACAAUGGAAAUGAUAUUUACAACUUUAGUUUCACUUUUUUAAAAAACGUAUGUUCUAAAAAUGUAAAUAAUGUGUUCUUUUUCAACUGUUAAGUUUAAAUGCUUUAUAUUAUAAACUAUAACUGGUUCAGGU